GAAAUGGGUAUAACAAAUUUUGUAAGAAAAUAUUUUUGUCCAAAAAAUUUAUUAUUCUUAAUUUUUGUGGAAAAAUGAGGAUUAUUUUUUCGAAAUAAAGAUUAUUUUAACUUUUUAGUGUCCCAUUUUUGAAUGAUUCUUGAUUAUCAUAUUUGUAGGAUUUCACGUGUUCGUAUGAAUAUAUUUUUGUAUUUAUUAAUUUAUGUAUGAAUUUCAUUGGGUUUAGUAUAUUGUGGUGAUUCGGAAAGGAAAGUGGACGUUGACCCGGCAGAAUUUGAUUGGAGAGGAGGGGAAGUUUACUAAGUUUGUAUAUACAAUUCUCUGUAAGAAAGCUGAUGAGAUUUGAAAACAGUUGGAUGGUCAAGUCAAAUCUGGUGUGUCUGAGGGACUCUUUAGCUGCGGUGGUUUUUGAUCUCUUUUUGUCUUAAUUUUGAAAACAUUUUGUUUUCUUCUCUCAAAUGAGUCUCUAGGAGUUUAUUUUAGGGAAAUUAGCAACACCCAUGUCAAAAUAUACGAGUUUUGUUGGGAGUUUCUGUAUGGGUUUCAUGUAAAUCAAUCAGAAAAAAGACAAAGAAACCAAGUUCAGGAGUGUCAGUAUUUCUUUGAGAGAUUUCAAUCAGUUUCAAGGUACCCUGUUCAAGAAAGUGUGAUUUCUGAGCUGGGUGGUUGUCGUCUUCAAGAAGUGAAUGAUAGUGGAGGAGGAGAAUCCUCCAACACCCAGUGAGGUUGUGGAGGAAAAUGAAUCCAAUGGAGGAUUCUGUGAUUUCAUCUGUGCUCCAAUCUAUUGGUUCAAAAUGCUUGCCAUGGAACUGCAUUGGAGUUUUGUAUUUGGGGUUGUUGCAGUUUAUGGGAUAAGCCAAGGACUGGGUGGUGCUUUGGCUCGUGUCGGCACAGAGUAUUAUAUGAAGGAUGUUCAGAAGGUUCAACCUUCUGAAGCACAAAUUUAUGGAGGAAUAACUUCUAUUCCUUGGCUUGUCAAGCCUCUUUGGGGUCUUCUCACAGAUGUGCUCCCAAUCGUUGGGUAUCACAGAAGGCCUUAUUUCAUUUUAGCCGGUCUUCUUGGUGUGAUCUCUAUGCUCGUGUUAUCAUUUCACAAAGACCUGCAUCUUGUACUCGCAUUGUUCUCUUUAACAGCAGGAAGUGCUGGGGUAGCAAUAGCAGAUGUCACCAUUGAUGCCUGCGUGGCUCAGAACAGUAAUCUACACCCUUCUCUUGCAGCUGACAUGCAAAGCCUGUGUGCACUAAGUUCAUCAGUUGGUGCACUAGUGGGAUUCUCUAUUAGUGGUAUUUUUGUCCACCUCAUAGGCCCUACGGGGGUGUUUGGCUUGCUGACUAUCCCGGCUACACUUGUACUUCUAGUUGGAAUUGUUCUUAGUGAACCCCACACGCCUAACUUUGUUUACAGACAGGUAAACCAAAAGUUGCUUGACGCUUGCAAGGCAAUGUGGACAACAUUGAAAUACCCAGAUGUGUGGAGACCAUGUUUGUAUAUGUACUUAUCCCUCGCAUUGAGCUUGAAUAUCCAUGAAGGCUUGUUCUAUUGGUAUACAGACUCUAAGGAAGGUCCAUUAUUCUCUCAGGAGACUGUUGGCUACAUAUUCUCAAUUGGCUCAGUUGGCUCCCUUUUAGGUGCCAUACUCUACCAAUAUACUCUAAAGGACCACCCCUUCCGGGACUUGCUCUUCUGGACUCAGUUGCUUUAUGGUUUAUCAGGAAUGCUGGAUUUGAUACUGGUGCUGCGUCUCAACUUGAAGUAUGGCAUACCAGAUUAUUUCUUCAUUGUCGUUGCUGAAGGUGUAUCUCAAAUGAUAGGACGGCUCAAAUGGAUGCCACUUCUUGUCCUCAGCUCCAAGCUUUGUCCCCCUGGCAUUGAAGGCACAUUCUUCGCCUUGCUUAUGUCAAUUGACAACCUUGGAAUACUCUCAUCCUCAUGGGGAGGUGGCUUUCUACUCCAUAUCUUGAAGGUGACUCGGGUACAAUUUGAUAAUCUGUGGAUGGCGAUUUUGAUCCGAAACAUACUGAGACUUAGCCCACUUGCUCUGCUGUUCUUGGUACCCCGUACUGAUCCCAACUCUUCCAUUAUUCCCUCCCAAAUCCUCCAGAAUACCAAGCAGGCUGCCCAUGCUUCACACCCUGAGAAUGAGAAUAAAAAUGAGGAUGGCAAUAUUGAAUUGCUUCCUCUUGUUAACAAUGUUGAUAGUAGAUGAUACAGCCUAAACUAUUAGCCAAACAGCCCUCAUUGUCAUGCCCACAUCCACAGAUUAUCAAAUUUGUUGUUAGCCUAAUUUAUGAUUUUUAUCUUUUUUUGUCUCCUGGCAAUUUCUCAUCUGUCCUCCACUAGUUCAAUAUUUUGUUGCAAAAAUUUUGGCUGGUUUUGAACAGGAUUUGAUUAAGUUAAUGCAAAUUAUCUGAGAAUUUUGAAAAUAAUGCAUUUUUAUAAGUUAUAUAUGAAAGA